AUGCAGAAUCGUAUCCUACUCAUCGCCCUAUUGGCACUCAGUUGUGUCUCUACUACCACUGGUAAUCAAAGAAAGAUUGUCCGUCUUGCCAAGUGCUUCAUGAGUGAUGGUGAUGGUGGCACUCGGUUCUUGGCUGGUCACAUUGCCAGCAAUGAUACUGACAGUAUGAUGACUGCUGAUACACUCACCUGUCUCGGUAACGUAAGUGCUUGCUUUGACGAAACUACCGUCGAGACUGUCAAGACCUGCAUCCAAGAUAACAACGACACGGACUCUAGAUUCUUGGCGGGACAUGUCAUGCCAGACGACAAUGGCGCUGGCUUUGGCAUGGGUGGCUUUCGUCCUCAAAUGGGCAGAGAUACGCGAGCCGGCAUUGCAAUGGGCUGUCUCCAAGACUCCAGCAAGGACUGCAUCAAGCAAGAAGUCCGUACCUUCAUCCAAGACAAGCUCCCGGCCUGUGUCAGGACCACCACAACUGCCCUCGGUGAAUGUUACAAGACCAACGCGGAAACUUGUGCUUCCACAUGCUCGGAAGCCGACAUCCCGGAUUCCAAUCCCUUUGCCGGGGUUGCUUCCACCAAUGUCAAGGCUUGCCAAGGAUUUCAAAAUCAGAUCAUGGAUCCAUCCUGUGAGAUUGUGGACUGCUGCCCACAGUGUGACACUGAGUUUAGUGACCUCAUGACUUGUGUCGGCCAAGAGCUUCUCAUGUUGCAGCCCGAACCAUGCGAGUUGAGCUGUCCUUCCGAAAGUACUCGCCGCCGUAAACUUAGUACUACUACUAGCAAGCAGCAGCAAUAUGCCAUGCGCAACCUCGCUGGACACUUGCCAACCGAACCCGAUGCUUCCACCGUCGUAGACGAGUGCGCUGUGUACUUGGAUACGGAAGAAGAAACCUUGAGUGCCGAUGCUGUGGCAGCCAAGCUUUUGGAUGGUGAAUUCAUUGGCUGCGUCGCCGAUGUUGCCAUUCUCGUGGCCGAAGAGCAAACCGCAUUCGCCAUGGCGCAGGAUGACAUGGGCAAUGGUGACGGAAACGAGAACACCACCGAUGGAUCUUCUGGCAACCGCGUACUGACCUCUUCCGUUAAUGGUCUCGUCGCUAUUGUUGUUGUUCUUGGACUUGUUGGCUUGAUGUAA